AGUGCGAAUUCUCGAUCCAUAAAAAUGGCGGCCCAGCCCAACCCACCAAACCGUCUUCCCCAAAGACUCGAGACUUCUCUACGCUUCUCCUCGCCGCCGAAACGAAGCAACCCGUCGCCUCGCCGCCGCCGCCAUGUCGGUGACGCUGCACACGAAUCUCGGGGACAUCAAGUGCGAGGUGUUCUGCGACCAGGCGCCGCGGACGGCGGAGAACUUCCUGGCGCUGUGCGCGAGCGGCUACUACGACGGCACCAUCUUCCACCGCAACAUCAAGGGGUUCAUGAUCCAGGGCGGCGACCCGACGGGCACGGGGAAGGGGGGCACCUCGAUCUGGGGGAAGAAGUUCGCCGACGAGUUCAGGGAGUCGCUCAAGCACAACGCCCGCGGGGUGAUGUCGAUGGCGAACAGCGGGCCCAACACCAACGGGAGCCAGUUCUUCAUCACCUACGCCAAGCAGCCUCACCUCAACGGCCACUACACCGUGUUCGCCAAGGUCAUCCAUGGAUUCGAGGUGCUCGACCUCAUGGAGAAGGCGCAGACGGGGCCCGGCGACCGCCCCCUCGCCGAGAUCAGGCUCAACCGCGUCACCAUCCACGCCAACCCUCUCGCCAACUAAUCCUAUCUACUCCAUCUAGUUUAAAAUCUUUGGAAUUCUGAUUGCUUUUUUCUGUGUGGAUGUGUUGUGUUCUGCUGCUAUCUGAAUCUUUGUUGCAAGAACACCGUACAAACUGAGUCUGUAACUGAUAUCCCAAAAAGUGUUUGGCUUCACGAUUGAUGCAUCUGCAGACUUGGGUUUUGUGAUUGUGUUUUCAUGUUUCAACUGGCUGUGUGAUCUAUGGCUAAGUACAUCAAUUAAGCUA